AUUUUUAUUAGUGUUAUGGAAGUAACAAUAUAUAAUGGUUGUAGCUACAAAAUUUAAUUUCUAUUGAAAAUUUAGAGCAUGUCCUCAGCCCAAGAGACCCAUAUUCUACCACCGCCAAAACACAAGCUGUCACCUCUAGAGCUACGCAAUGCUGAUUUAGUGUCAAGACUACUGGCUGCUACACCUCCUUACUUUUACAACAUGUCACUUCUACCAAACACUUAUUUCUUUUCGGAAAUGCUAAGGAGCUUCGUGCAAGCUAAGGCAGAACAGCGAGGAAAUUCAUUUCCUGGCAGUAUGCUCUACAACCACCAAAUGAGACGUCAAAGAAAACGCAGCUGGAUGGCUUCAGGUCCCACAAGAGAAAAUUUCCCUCAUCACAAUAUGCCCACUGCACCGUUGGGAGAAAGAGCUGAAAAAACUAGUGGGAAAAUGGAUGAGGAACCUUGGCUAAUAAAAAGUAUGAGAAAAAACGAGGAAGCUGCCUUAGAGCUGACUACCAGUAAUGGACCAAGCAAUUUUGUACCUCAUCAAAAGUCAGAAGACCUAAAUCCACUUCCAAAGCUUCCAAAACUCGAAGAGGCUUCUUCAUCAACGUACGGUCCAGCUCAGCAUCAAGAAAACAACUCAAACCUAGUUUUGCCACCUCCUCCUCCCAUUUGGUAUCCCCCUAUAUACCCCACUCCCCCAUAUGCGAUUGACCCUUUGCAUUUUUUUAUAGAUCUUAGGGUCUCAGGUCACAUUUACGAUAGAAAUAAUCAACCAAAAGAACCUUCUGCUGCAGAAAGUACCGGAUCCAAAGAAAGUGAAGUAGAAGAAAAGGAAGUUAAAAUGGAAGAAGCUGAAUUAGGAUUGUUUAAUCAAAAGAGGCAUUGUUCUGCAUUUUCAGUGCCAAAUUCUAGUGUAAAAACUCGCCCACCAGAUAAACCUCAAACAAAGUUCGAUGUAAAAUCUAUGGGGUUUGACAAAAGUUCCAAUAAAACCAGUAUUAACUACAUCAUGGGUAACAUAACCGAUAUCUAUAAAAGUGUGGCGGAAAGAGAAUCUGAAACUACUCCCAGAUCUUCAAAUAUCCAGGAUCAACAAGCCACCAUCGUGAUGGACAAAUCAGCAGAAGAAACAGAAGAAGAAAAACAAAAAAAGGUGAAGGAUCUACGGGCACUGAUUGGUUUGGAGCUCGUGGUGGAUUACAUGAGUCAUAAGAAAAGUGUGGCAAAGAGCGAAGAAUCUUUGUCGAUUCCAUCCGAAGAGGGUGGUGAUAUCAGUUCGGAGGUUGAGUCAUGUGAAAGUCCACCCUUGGAAGUUGUCGCACUGCACGAUGAAGCUUGAAUAUGAAAAAAGUGUUUGUAAAAAGGUUUAUUUGCACUUUCAGUUCACUACGCAUAUUAAACUAAUUAGGAAUGUUGGAUCAGUAAUAGAAAAUAUUGUCAAUAGUCAAACAAAAAAUUAAUUUAGUCACAAGUCAGAUCUUCAUCAGUGUUUGGUUUAGCACAGAAUUAAGAAGUCAACUCAGACUUAGUUUUGCCGAGGAUUAUUGAAUCAAAAGAGACAUUGUCCUGCAUUUUCAGUGCCAAAUUUUAGUUUGAAAACUCACUCACCAGAUACAACGUUUGAUGUUAAGUCUAUAGAGUUUGUCAAGAGUUUCAAUAAACCCAGUAUUAACUACAUGAUGGGUAAAAUAACUAAUGUCUGCAGGACAUAUUUACAAUAGAAAUAAUCAAUCAAAGGAACUUACUGCUGCAGAAAGUAUUGGGUCCAAAGAAAAUGAAGUAGAAGAAAAGGAGGUUAAAAUAGAAGAAAGAGACAAUGUUCUGCAUGUUCAGUACGAAAUUCUGAUUUAAAAUCUCGCCUACCAGAUACACCUCAGUUCAAAGUUUCAAAAAUCAUAACCGAUAUCCACAAAAGUGUGAUCAUCAAAUCGAUAUGACCAUACGCCAUUUUACUUUAUUAAUAGCAAAUAUUGAGUUUUUAAUAAUAAUUACUAUAUAUAGCAAAUACUGUGUAAAUUAUAGCAAUCUAGUCAAUAACUGGUAUAUUCCUGCAAGGAGGAAAUUUAUUAUAUGUAAAGAAUGUUAUUUAGCAAUAAAAAUUAAAUUAAAAAAUA